AUGGGAAAGAAAUCCAAGAAAAAGGGUGGAAACUCGUCCAAAAAGAAUAAGCCCGCAAAGGCAGGAGCAGCACCAAACAAACAAUCAUCAGGAGGAGCCGGCAAGAAUAAGAAACUGGAUUCCGAUCAAAUUUCGCUCUAUCGGAUCUACAAAUACUGUACUGAAGCUGUCAUCCAAUGGGGGAAAUCCGCCUUUUACAAGAAAGAGAUCAAAGGAAACAACAAUAACAAUAGCACUAAAACAUCCUUGAGUCAUGUUAUUUUUGACAUUCUCGGGAGUUUGGCCGACGAUGGGGUUCUCAUGCCGGCUGCGGUGGUCCGAGAUUUGAAGUUGGCCAUUUCCUACCGAAAACGAGUGCGACGCUUUUACAAGUCCCUUCCACAGGUCAGUGAAGAAGAUUAUGCUCGUCACGAAUGGUUAAUCCAACAACUGGAGAAGCUGGUAAAGGCAUUUCGACAAAAUAAAAAAGGAAAUGUGGAAAACAAAGACAAUGAUGCAGCUAUUACUGUCCGUGAAGGAUUCGAGGUGCUAGCACUCAGCGAUGACGAAGAAUCGGUAGCUUCGGCAGAGCAGGACGAUGAAGCUAACGUGAAAAGACCACCUGUCGUCUUUUCGACACCGCCCACGCCAAAAGAACUGGAGAAUGAAGAGCGACAGUUUGCUAUUGCACUUUUCCUCUACGAUCUGGAUACCAUUCGACAAAAUCUUAGGAAACGAUGGGAAAAGUGGGCGAAACUAUCAGCGCGAGAAGGGGACACGGAAGUUGCUGCCAAGAACCUCAUGGCCGUUACUGCUUCUACGGAAUACGCACUAGUCGCUGUUCGCAAGUCCAUGCUGCAAGUGUCGUUGGAAAUUGACAACUUUUCAGGGUUCGACAAGAUCCUUCAAGCCAUUGGCGAAUCGCCAUCAUCGGGUGAAUCGAAACAAGAAUUUGGUAUGCAAGACUUUAAGGAAGGGGACUUGGUUACAAUUCAGGGUUUGGCAAAACGACCCGAUUUGAAUGGAACCCACGGCUUCAUUUGUCGUUCAAUGGACGCGGAAGCGUCGCAACGCUUUGCGGUGCAGCUCUUUGACAAAAAGCAAACGCUAUCGGUACAACCAAAGAAUCUUGUCUUUUCCGAUGAAACCUUUUCACGUCUGUGCCAAAUUCAAAAAACCGUUGGAUCUCUCAACGUGAAAUCCUUGGACAUUCCAAAAACUCCGCCGAUGACAUAUGGUGCCCCAACGAGUGCCUCUGUACAAAAGGCUGGGGUAGAAAUAAUCAUGCAAGGAGACAAGUUUGAAGAGGCUGCCAAGAGCAAAGACUUUGCAUCGCUGUUACAGCUGACUAUCCAACACUCAUUGCCGCUUUGGAUAUCCAUGUCGCAAUACCUUCCUGAUGUCGGUGCGGCGGAUGCUGUCUUGAAUGCCUACAUUCGUGAUUUUUUCAGCACUGGAAAGCUAAAGUUGCCACUAGCUUUUGCGCUAUUGAUAACGUUGGACGGAGCCAUGGCAUGUGCUACGGAAGGCAAGAACCUUGCCGAAGACACGAAGGACUUAGUCGUCAAAGUCUUGGAGGAGGCCUACACCACGUACUCCUACACGCCCGCCAUUCGCUUGCUGGAGAGGGAUGGAAAGAACUCAAACGCAUUGUACUCUCAUUUCGAGUUUGUCAAGCAUGUACGUGAGGAAUAUUCUGUGGUUGGAAUGUUCUUUCCGCUAGUUUCGGGAGAAAUGCUGUUGAAUGGACUCCGCAUGCACUUUACCUGUGGUAGUGGCCUUCCCUACACAUAUGUGGAAAAGUGCACCCACGUUUUGCACAUCUACUGGUUAUUGCGGUCAGAGGGACAUAUGGGCAGGAUUCCAGAAGUGGAAUCCAUUCUUCGUAUGUAUCAACAACGAGUCUUCUUCCGUGCCGGAUUAGCAAAGAAGGGUCAAGAUUCCUAUUUGAAAUGUCAGCAACUAGCCCAAGGUGUCAGUGCAGAAGCAGUGCGAUAUUUAGAUGGCAAGGCAGUACCUCGACGAGUGGGUCGGGCUCCAAUGAAUGCGGAUGCACUCACAUAUGAAGGCUUGCAUGUAACAGAAGUAUCUCGUUUGCUGGAUGUUCUCCAGUGGAAGAGUAUGCCAAUCAUUGACAAGGAUGCAUGCUUUGAUGAAAUUGAAAUGAUCUCAAGAGAGGAAUACUCGACUAUUUUCACCGCCCCGCUUUUGAAAGUGGUCGUCAAAAUGAUGGACCUCGCCAGCGCUCUGGAACUUGGCAUGACUCGAUUGGCCAGGCAAUCUGGACCACAGAUGCUGCCAAAGUUCGCCCAGCAUACGUCCCGAAUGACCGAACUUGAUUUGGUAAGCUUUUGGGCCAUGGCAUUGGGGGACAACAGGUCUUUAAUUCCAGGGGAAAAGGACACAGUGUUCGGCCACUUUGCCUCCGUCUUUUCACAAGUCUUUGGCAGUGGAAUCGAGCCGAUAAUACCAGACGAAGAAGCAACCCUCGUAUUCAGCCUGAACGACCAUAAGGUAGAUCCCACUCUUUGGGGAGAAAAGGGCUCCAGGAGAUUAGAGCAUUUGCAAGUAUGA